AUGCCGCUGCACGAGUCCAAACUCUCGGCGCUCCUUCACAUCCACAAGUCCGGCUACUUUCACUGUGAUGUGAAGCCCCACAACGUGUUGCUAGUCGGCCAAGACGAGAAGCUCGCCGAUUUUGGGAGCUGCUGCAAGAGCUUCAACGAAAAUAGUAGCUGCAAUGAUCAGGGGCGCGGUUAUGUAUGCGACCCCAGAGUCGAUAGCCCAGCAGAAGUACGUGCCCGAUUCGAAUGUUUGGGCGCCUUGGGCUGCUCGAUUCUACACAUGCUCACCGGAAAACCACCAUGGACUUUCGAUACCAAAGCCCACCCAAAGGAUGUUCUCUUCAAGAUUGGGUGCAGUGACCAGAUUCCCCGGAUUCCGACAAACAACAUAAUAUCCAAAGAGGCUAAAGACUUUCUCACAAAGUGUUUGGUGAAGGAUCCAACGGCCAGGUGGAAACCCGAUAUGCUUCUCGACCAGCCUUUUGUCAACAAGGUCGAUGCCGAAAAAUACCAUCAUCAUCAUCAUCAUCACCACAGAUUGUCUCAUGUCAUUCAAUCUAGUGCCUCAUUUUUUUCACCACCCAAAAGUGUAGGCCUGCUGAUUACAUUUUCAGGCUACUAUCCAUGUAUAUAUGCUUCAUGA